AUGGUGUUAUUUGAAGUUAAAGGAUGGGAUUUGAAAAAUAAUAAUAAAAUCAAAGUGGGGGGAUUACCUGAAAAGAAAAACAAAGGUAAAAACAAGAAUAAGAAUAAAAGAGAACAAAAUCAGAAACAAUUUGAAAGUGGAUCAGAUAUAACAAAUACUGAUACCAAUGAAACCCCAUCAAAAUCUAACAAAGAUUCCAAAGAUAACUCAAGAAAAGAUAAAAAGAGAAAACAUGAAAAUGAGGAACAAUCACAAUCUGAUAAUCAAAGUGAGUUGUCCAAGAAGCAAAAGAAACCCAAAAAGAAUGAUUCUAAGGAUACAAAUAAUCAAUCCAUUGAUCAAUCUUCAACAAAUUCAUUUAUAUCAACAAAUAAAAAAUUAACUCCAUUACAACAAAAAAUGAUGGCUAAAUUAUCUGGGUCAAGAUUCCGUUGGAUAAAUGAACAAUUAUAUACUAUAAGUUCUGAAGAAGCAUUAAAAUUAGUUAAAGAUACCCCAUCAUUAUUUGAUGAAUAUCAUCAAGGUUUUAAUCAACAAGUUGCUUCAUGGCCAGAAAAUCCCGUUGAUGUAUUUGUUAAUCAAAUUAAAACUAGAGGGAAAACUAGACCAGUUAAUGCUCCAGGAGGAUUACCUGGUUUACAAAAUAAACAAGUUGUUAUUGCUGAUAUGGGAUGUGGAGAAGCACAAUUAAGUCUUGAUGUUAAUAAUUUUGUUAAUGAUUAUAAUAAAAAAACCCAUAAAAAGAACAAGAAAAAUUUUAAAGGGUUGGAUAUUAAAGUUCAUAGUUUUGAUUUAAAACAACAAAAUGAAAGAAUUACUGUUGCUGAUAUUAAAAAUGUCCCAUUACCUGAUGAAUCAUGUUCAAUAGUUAUAUUUUGUUUAUCAUUAAUGGGUACUAAUUUUUUAGAUUUUAUUAAAGAAGCAUGGAGAAUUUUAAUCCCUAGAGGUGAAAUAUGGAUAGCAGAAAUUAAAUCACGAUUUAGUGAAAGUGGCGGUGACACCAAGAAUCAAAAUCAGAACCAACAAUUAAUUGGUGAAGAAUUUGUUAAUUCUUUAAAAUCAUUUGGAUUAUUUCAUAAACUGACAGAUAAUUCUAAUAAAAUGUUUACUAGAUUUGAAUUUUUUAAACCACCACCAGAUAUUUUACGUGAACGUCAAUUAAAAUUACAGAAAAAGAAAAAGAAAUUUAUUGAAGAUGAAGAUGAUAGAACUGAUAUUGAAAAAUUAGAAAGUAAAAGAUUAGAAAAAGCUGAAGGAGAAUGGUUAUUAAAACCUUGUAUAUAUAAAAGGAGGUAA